CAUGUGUCAAGUUUGCCGGAAAUACCGCCUUCAUACCCUCAGCUCUGCUUCAAAUCAACUCGCACUUGAUAUUACACUCGCUACCUGGUGCUAGAAGAAGGGUUUAUAUUGAGUUGGGCCUUCUAAAUACACCAGUUUAACACAAACAGGAAGAAAAAGGCGUUAAAGGAUACACGAAAUGCCACACAAUUUCCGGCCUGGCGACCUAGUUUUCGCUAAAAUGAAGGGGUACCCCCACUGGCCUGCACGGAUUGAGGAUGUUCCUGAUGGAGCAGUGAAACCUCCACCAAACAAGAUCCCGAUUUUCUUCUUUGGCACUCAUGAAACAGCCUUCCUGGCACCAAAGGACCUGUUUGCUUUUGAGAAGUACCGUGAUCGUUUUGGUAAGCCUAACAAGCGGAAAGGUUUCAAUGAAGGACUGUGGGAGAUCCAGAACAAUCCUCAUGCAUCCUACAGCACUCCUGCUCCUGCAAGCUCAUCUGACACAGAAGAUAAUGAUGCUGGGGCUAAAAGUGAUGCAGAGGAUAAUCAGGAAGCUGUUGUUCCUUGGAAUGCUGAGACUGGUAGUGAAGAUUCAGACUCGGGCAGUGAAGAUCAAGGAAGAGGAGGGCUGAAGCGGAAAAUGACUGCUCAUAAGUCUUCAGCAAAGAAGGUCCGAGGCUCAUCCAGUGAGAAAGACAGACAGCAAGGCAACGGGAGUACGUCAGAGUCUGAGCCCUCCCCAACAUCAGACUCUGAUUCAGGAAAAAGUAGCGACCAGGAUUUCACACCGGAAAAGAAGUUAACUGGCAGAACUGGGAAAAAAGCCACAGCAAGAGGAAGGAAGACGAAGCCUUCAACAGGCUCCGAUUCCGAUUCAGGAUCACAGUCUGAGCAGAGAGGAGGUAAAUCUGACUCCGAUGAUUCCAAACCGCGUCCUGCAAUCUCUGGCUCUGAGUCACAGACUGGCUCAAAAUCUGAGUCUGAUUCUGAUGCCCCUGAUCGCAAACGUGUUCAGGCUGCCAAGAAAGAAAAAAAACUUUCAAAACCACCUGGAAGGAAACCGAAACCUGUCCCAGAGAAGGCUUCUUCCUCCUCCUCCGAUAGUGACAGUGGCAGUGAAUUGGACCGCAUCAGUGAGUGGAAGAAACGAGAUGAGGAGCGUCGUCGUGAACUUGAAGAGCGUAGGAAAAGGGAGGAAGCAGAGGAGCUACGGAGAUUGCGAGAUAGGGAAAAGGAAGAGGAGGAGAAGAAAAAACGCGAGAAAGAGAAGGGUGGGAAAAGGGACACCAGCAGCAGCUCAGAUGAGGGAGUAGAUGACUAUCCUCUCAAGAAGAGUAAGAAACCACCACCACCACCUCUCCCUGCUCCAUCAGACUCUGACUCACCGGCACCCACUGAGCCAAAAAAAAAAAGCAAACGGUCAGACAACCAGAAGAAAGAGAGAUGGAAGAAGGAAAAAGAAGGUGAAGAGCAGAAGGAAAGACACAGGAAGAAGAAAAUCCAACGUGCAGUGGACAAACCAAAGAGUAAGCAAGACAAAUCAAAGCAUAGACCAAAACAUCCGCCAGAGAAAGAGAACAAAAAGAAGGAGCCAUCUCCUGAGGAGAAACUGCAGAAGCUCCACACGGACAUCAAAUUUGCACUUAAAGUUGACAGUCCAGACAUAAAACGUUGUCUACAAGCACUGACCGAUCUUGAAUCAGUACAGGUCACUAGUGCCAUCCUACAGAAAAACUCUGAUGUCAUCACUACUCUCAAGAAGAUCCGUCGAUACAAAGCCAGCACUGCUAUAAUGGAAAAAGCAAGUGAAGUGUACAACAAAUUGAAACUGCAGUUUGUAGGUAAAGGUGAACCAAUUGCCAAAACUCAACUGGAGAACCAGAACCAGGACGAUGGUGGAACAGAGCCUCAACUUCAAGAUCUAAAACCAGUGAAUGGGGAGUCAGAAUCUCUAAAGAAAAAUGUUGAAUGUGACCCAGAAUCUCUACAUGCCGAAGAAAGCCCUGAGUCCGAACUUGCCAUUUCCAGCAGGCCGGAAUCAGAACAUCUGACUGAGAGACACAUUCUCACAGAUGCCACAAAACAUAGUCCUACUACAAACACACAGACUGCUGUAGAGGACAGCUGAAGAUGUUACUAGUUUAUUUACUGAAUGGCAGUGGGGUUUUUUGUUGGCUUGAGGACUAAGAAAAGUAACCGAUGCAUACAUCUGUACAGACCCUGUUGAUAUUCUCAUGUUUCCACCUUUUACAUAAACAUAAUUGCCUUUUAGUCUUCUCUUUUACAAUGGCUUCCUCCAGAAUCAACCCUCCGUGUUUAUAAAGUGGGAGAGAUUAAGGAUUGGGUUCUUAACAUGUAUUGUAAGUCAUUAGAACCUGGCAAAGAACGCUUAGUUAAAUAUUGACAGCAUGCCAAUUGUUAGGUGUCAGUCAUUGUUGUGUCUUUUGUGUUUUCAUUUGAAAUUACAAUAAUACACUGUUCCAUUGGGACAGGAUGAAGAACCUUUUUUAAAUGAGACUAAUGUAUGUUGUUUGAGCCAUAUUACUUUUAUGAGGAUAUUUGUGUGGAAAGACUGUAUAUUAAUAGUUAUGUCAUCUCUAACAGAAUGCUGUAUAAUCUUAUUUUUUUUCUUUCAGUACCUUCAUGAAUUAAACAGUUACACAAAGUCUAUAUAAAUAAAUACUUUUUAAGGUGUAAAAUCAAAAAAAUUCACAUACAGUUAAGAUAGUGUCACAAAUAUGAUUGUAGUUCAAGUUGAUGUAUAUCUGUGUUGUUUGGUUACAACCUUUUGUAUUUCUAGUUGAAUAAAAAUAGUGUAAUUUA